UACAUCACUAUGGAGGCCGUCAAAGCAUUUAACAAUGAGUUGUACUCAUUGAAUGAGUACAAGCCGCCCAUCUCCAAGGCCAAGAUGACACAGAUCACCAAGUCUGGAAUCAAGGCUAUUAAACAGCUCUCCCAGCUCCCCCAAAGCACUGAAAGUGAAGCAGGAGGAUGGGGUGGAGAGAGUUACAAAGAGAUAAAGAGAAUCCCUAACCAGCUUAGUUUUACAAGCACGUUGUCCAGAGUGUGGAGAAAUUCAUACAAAAGUGCAAACCAGAAUACAAGGUCCCAGGACUGUACGUCAUCGACUCGAUUGUCAGACAGUCACGACACCAGUUUGGAACAGAGAAGGAUGUUUUUGCUCCACGCUUCAGCAAGAACAUUAUUGCAACGUUCCAGCACCUCUAUCGCUGUCCCUCAGAUGAUAAGAGUAAGAUAGUGCGAGUACUGAACCUUUGGCAAAAGAAUGCAGUCUUCAAGAGUGACAUCAUCCAGCCUUUGUUGGACAUGGCUGCAGGAAUUCCCCCUCCCAGUGUCACACCUGUCAUGCCCAGCAGUGCUGCUCCUGUCAAUAACACUACACCUGGUACCCCUGCAACCCCAGCUACCCCUGCCAACAUAGUCCAGAGUCUGCCUGAUUGGGCUUCCCAGAUUACCAACACAGACACUGUUGCUGCUGUGGCACAGAUCCUACAGAGUCCUCAAGGACAACAGCUGCAGCAGCUGGUACAGAGUCUGCAGAUGCAGCAGCAGAAGCCCCAGCCGUCCCUGCUGCAGGCCUUGGAUGCUGGCCUGGUAGUGCAGUUGCAAGCACUGACGGCUCAACUUACUGCUGCUGCUACAGCAAAUAGCCUCAACCCACUGGAGCAAAGGGUCUCCUCUUUUAAUAAGAAGCUCCUUGGCCCUUUCGAUUUUGGAAAUGAUUCAGAGCGUGGUGAAGAAUCAAAAAAGGACACGUCAUCUCAACUGCCCAUGGUAACAGAGCCCAUCAACAGCUCCCUCUUCCAUCAGCUGGCUGAGCAGCUACAGCAACAGAACCUGGAGCAGUUUCAGAAGCAGCUUCUAGAGCACCAGCAGCACCAACAGAAGGCAUUAAGCCUAGAAGGGCAGGACUCAAUCUUUGGCCAAGAAAACUCAGUUGCAACUGGUCAGAGUAGCAGCCAGCCACAGCUCCCUGAGCAAGAGAACAAGGUGGAUGACUCCAUUGACAACCAACAGCAGGACAUGGACCUGGACGAGGGCCCUGAUGGUAUGGAGGAAGAGAUUUUCGAUGCAGAUGAGAAGAAGAUUGGAAGUACACGAUCCAGAACACGCUCAAGGUCGCGCUCUAGGUCUCCGAAGAGGAGAAGGUCCAGAUCCCGCUCUGGCUCACGCAAACGUAAACAUCGUAAGAGGUCACGUUCCCGCUCCAGAGACCGCAAGAGAAAGUCCUCACGGUCGUACUCAAGUGAAAGACGUGCCCGAGAGCGGGAGAAGGAACGGCAGAAGAAAGGACUGCCUCCCAUACGAUCAAAGACCCUGAGUGUGUGCAGCACAACUCUGUGGGUGGGCCAGGUUGACAAAAAGGCCACUCAGCAGGAUCUUACCAACUUAUUUGAAGAAUUUGGUCAGAUUGAGUCAAUCAAUAUGAUCCCUCCCAGAGGCUGCGCCUACAUCUGUAUGGUCCACAGACAGGACGCAUACCGAGCCCGCCAGAAGCUCAGCACUGGCUCCUUUAAGAUUGGCUCCAAAAUCAUCAAGAUUGCGUGGGCUCUGAACAAGGGAGUAAAGCAAGAGUACAAGCAGUUUUGGGAUGUCGACCUUGGCGUCACCUACAUACCAUGGGAGAAGGUGAAGCUGGAUGACCUUGAUGGCUUUGCUGAGGGAGGAAUCAUUGACCAGGAGACAGUUAAUGAUGAAUGGGAGGCAGCUAAGAAUGCAGAGCCAGCAAAGGAGGCUAUUAGUCUGCCAGUAAGCGCUGAGACUACAGCUGUAUCUAACACCCAGACUGAGACCUUCAACCAGCAGGUCACCAUGAUGCCUGUGCAGCUGCCAGUUGCACAGGCUGUUCCUAGUGCAGUAGGUUUGGUACCGCCAGCCUUCCCUGUUGCUAUGGGGAUGCCUCCACCAGGCUAUGGACCACCACCACCCUUUAUAAGGGCUGGCUUUAAUGCCUCACAGCCACCACCAGGUUUUAUGCAGGCAGCACAGACAGCAGGAAUGGCCUCAGCAACUACUUCUCUAGUGCAGCCUUCAGUGGCAACUAGCCAGGAAUCAAUGAAGGAUUCGCCAUUCGGUGCGAUGAUUCCUCCAACCAGCACUAUUCCUGGUGGCUUCAUGGCCUCAGCCAUCCCUGGAGCUGGUGUGUUCAACCCAGUGGGAGUCCAAACUCAGCAGGCAUCAAAUGAUAAGACAGCCCAACCUGCAGAGGGUAUGGAUGCUGCUGCAGAGCUCACACUGCAAGGCAUGCAGAAUGCAGUCCGCAGUGGGAUGGGUCUCCUUGGCAUGCACCCUACAUCCCUCACACACCCACUGCAUCAGUCAGGUCUGGCUCAGCAGAGGAUGCCAGGCCUGCUACCUCUGGAUGUGCGACCUAAUCUCCUCCAACCUGGGGCGGCCGCCCGCUUCCCACUCCUUAUGCAGCAGGGACCAGCCCAGCAGGCUGCUGGCCUCCUUGACAGUGCCCUCCAGGCCCAGGCCCAAGCCCGUGCCAGGGCUCCUUUCUCUCAGCUAGACCCUUUCAACAGGGCUCCUACCUUAGCCAAUGAAAACUUAUCCAAGACAGAAGAUGAGUCAUCAUCUGGAGCUGAUGAGGGCAAAGACCAGGACUACCGUUUCCCUCCCAUGGAGAAGCAGAGCACUGGUUUGCUGAGGACCCCUCCACCAGAGCACAGGGAGCCCCUUGGGGGUGGUGGACCAGGGGUCAGUGGAGGAGGCAGGCCUCCCUUGCUUCAGACCCCAGGGACACAGCCUUCAAGAACCAGCCUGGUAGGACGUCUGCAGGCUCUUGCAGGCUUCACCCCUGAUAGUCGCUGGAACCAGACCAGAGGGGACUUUGACGAACGAGAUGGUAUGCGAGGAGGUAUACCAGCCCCAGGUGGCCCAAAAGGCUUCCAGGAAGACCGUCCUACACCUGGGCAGAACUUUCCCAACCGCUUCGACAGCCGACCUGGGACAACAGGAGGAGCAGCUGGGGGACCAGGGAAUGCAGGAGCUGCUGGUGGGCCACAGCCCUGGAACCGUGGUGGUGCAGCCCCCUUUGACAGUGAACUACAUCAAGACUUAGAUGACCGUAGGCGCCCGUGGGACAGGCAAAGAGACAGAGAUGAGAGAGAUUUUGACUUCAGGAGGGAGAUGAAUGGUAACCGCCACAGCCGAGAGAGGGAGAGAGAGCGGGAGCGAGAACGGGAACGUGAGAGAGAGAGAGAUAGAGAUAGAGAUAGAGAGCGAGGCCGAGAUCGCACCAGAGAGCAUGAACGUGACAGAGAUCGCGACAAAGAGAGAGACCGUGAAAGGGAUCGUGAGCGUGGGGGCUGGACACCUCUUCUCCCUCUGCCUACACCUCUCCUCCCAACUCCACCUCUUAAUCCCAACCUGUCCCUCAAUCAAGGCAAACUACUUGCACCACUCAAAUUAAACCCCCAGAUUCAGUCCCGAUUUCAGUCUCCACUCCUGCCUCAAGCUCAGGCAAAGCCCCCUCUGUUGGGUCUGAAUCAGCCCUUGCCUCACCCUCAGAUUAAGUCUCCAGCUCCAUCACAGAGCCAAGCAGCUGAGCCACAGCCUGAAGCAGAGCCAGAAACCCCAGUCCCAUCUGAGACACCUCCAACACAGUCACCAACCCCUGCCCAGUCACCUGAGCCAUCAUCAGACAGCAAGGGUCAGAGCCCAGUGACUGAGGCUCCCAUCCAGAUUGAGUCCUCACCACCAACAGUGAUCCCUCCACAGACAGGAUCCCCAACCCAGCCUAUGGCUCAGUCCCCAUCCAAAACUUCUCCUGACACUGAGACCCCAUGCCAAGGCUCCCCGCUGGUAGAGGCCUCCCCCCAGGACUCGCCUGUGGCCUUCACUCAAGCUGCCAGCCCCCCUGAAGAGACGACUCACUCUCUGGAGGAGCAGGAGAGCCCACAGAAGGAUGAGGAGGAGCCACAAGAGAGAGCUCCUUCUCCACAACCACAGUGGGUCAAUGGAUCUGGAACAGACAAUAGCACUGUGGCUGAACUUACACCUGAGGCCUCUAUCGAGCCCUCACCCGAGGUUUCUCCCACAGCCUCUCCUGAGCCCUCUAAAGAGCCCUCCUCUGAUUUAGUGCUUCCUGAAAGUGAGGCUGAGGAACAGGAGGAGGAGCAGCAGCAGCAGCAGCAGGAGGAGCAGGAGAAACUUGGCUCUCCUAAGGACGUAGACAAUGAACAGAGUGAGCCCAUGGAGGAAGCUGCGAGUCAGCCUGUGGUAGACACUGUCACUGACACUGAGGGGACAUAAUCAUCACUCAGUAGGUAAAAGAUCAUUUUGUAAAGUUGUCUCUUCUUCUCUGUACUCAUGUCAGCAAUCCACCACCACCACACGGGACAUGGUGAAUACAGACUCACAUCAGCUAUUGACUGAGAACCAAUAACAGAUGAUUUUAUCUCUCACAAAUACCAGUGUACUUUAAUAGAAAGCUCAUUAGCUGAUUUAUUGAUAGACUAUUUUGUUUGUUUUAUUUUUAUUUUUCCUUUUUUAAGUUGUAUUGCCACCCACCCGUUUUAAUUAAUCUAAGCUUGGCUAAUUUUAUUGAAUUGCCUACCAAAUGUUUCAAUUGUAUAUGAGGAAAAUGAGCUUUGACCUUCCUAUGGAAGAGAGUAAGAAAUCCUGGGUGUUUGACAACAGUUCCUCUGAAAACAUGAAGACAGCAGCCGCUGGCACCAUUUCUGUCUACUCCUCUUUUAAGAUGCUGCUGCAAAGUUUUCAAUGAAUGCUUUUGUGGUGACCUACAAUGCUUUCUGUUUCUAAGCAGAACAUAUAGCCUGCAUACAGUGAGACGAGUACAGCUGCUAUAAUUGGAGUAAAUAACCAUUUUUUUAAAAAUUGAAAAUAUAAAAAUGUAGUCCCAGAAUAAAUGUCUGUAAUAUGUUUCCAAUUAUACAGUGAACACAAACAGAUAAUUACAUGCCAGUGGACAAAAAAUAUGAACAGAGGGAUGGUCUUGUGUCGGAUACAAAAAUGUUUUAGUUUGAAAUAAAAAUGCUUUGUCUGUUUAAAAAACAUGCUUUAGGACUGUUUUCUGACCCAAGUUCAGUGGAAACUCAGACUGCUUUACAGACUCUCACACAUUGUGUGCUGUCACUUCAGUCGAUUUGAUGUUCUUGUAACUCAAGUUGCUGCUAUGCCAUCCACCACAGAGCACUUUGUUGGAUGAAACAGUGGGAUUUGUAGUCUUUUUUUAGUUUCUGACGACUUCUGCCUGUUUAUUUUCCCGAAGCUUUUGUUGGGUGACUGUCUAGGAUGGGAUUGUGCCUUUUGAAUGGAUUUGACUUACGAUGCUACCCAACACUACAGACAUCAGACUGUGCUUGCAACUCAGAAUCUGACAGCUCUAUAAACCCAAUGCUGCCUGCACAGGAAGUGACUGGCCUACCGAUUGAAUAGUAGCUGGGCAGUUUGUACAGCACUCACCUAGAGGAGAACACGUCUAUUUACUCCCAUCAUUCUGUGCAUGCAGGCCUGUAGCCAUGUUUUAACUUUCCUGUCUCUCUUGUUCAUUUCACGUGUAGUGCUUUUCUGUUGAGACGUACUGCUAGAUAUCCAUAGUCUGCUGUUCUCUCAGACCAAAUGUCUACUACAGGAGUUGUGAUGUUGAAUAAAAGUUGAAGGUGCAUCAGUUUUUUCCCCUCUUAUUGUCAUGAAUCCUUGCUCAGGCUAAUAUCAUGUACUCACAUACACUGGAUCUUUAGACCUUAACACCAGUACAUAAUUUAAACUAAUGAAAAUGUAAACAUUUUAGAACAUGCAUAUGUAGUUUAUCAGGCUGUGUACUGACAUAAGUAUCACCUUAUUUCUAUUUUCUGAGAAUA